CCACUUCCUUCCCCUGUCGUGAGCUACCAGCGCGUGUGACUGCAACGCCUCGACAGAGACCACUCCGCCGGAUUCAUCGACAGAAGUCCUCUCCGAGUCGAACUCUGGUCACGCUUCAUACUUCGUGUCUGGAAAGAUGAAGUUUAAACCGUUGUUUUUGAUCGCUUCGCUGCUGAAUUUUGGAAGCGCCGGUGAGUCGGCGGGGCCAGAUACGUAUGUCUGCUACAUUUUGGAUGGAAUCCUAUUUGUUUACGGCAUCGUCUUGACUGUGCUGUACUGCAGACUGAAGAUGGGGUCAGGAAGCAAUUUAGGUCAUUCUCAGAAAAAACCUGAAGAAGGCAUCUACACUGGAUUGACCCCUCAUGCCCAGGACACCUAUGAGACCAUCGGGGGUCAGAAGAAAUGAAUGCCGUGAAAGAGUGCCUGGAAGAAAGGGGGCGGGGUUUCAGCAAAGCCCCGCCCUUUUCAAUUAUGUCACACCAAUUUCCACGUCUGGUUCUCUCAGGGCAUCAACCAUCAGCUUCUGGACCAUGAGCAAAGCUUCUUAUUUUUAAUUUGUUUGCUUAUGACGAUGUUAUAUCCGCAUAUGUGUGUGAGUGUGUGUGUGAUAAGAUUUGUAUGCGAGAGAGGGAGAACUGUGUAUUUGUAUGUUUGUGUGUGUGUGUGUGUGUAAGAUGUGUAUGCGAGAGAGGGAGAAAUGUGUAUGUGUGUGUGUGUGUGUGUGUGUAAGAUGUGUAUGUGAGAGAGGGAGAAAUGUGUAUUUGUACGUGUGUGCGUGAGAGAGAGAAAUGAGCAGGUGUUCAUGUGUUUAUUUUAUUCUUAUUCUGUGUUUUCUUAUGUAUCUAUGUGAAGCACUUUGAAUGUGCUUUUGUGUAUGAAAGAUGCUAUAUAAAUAAACUUGCCUUGCCUUGCCUUGCCUUAUGAGAGAGAGAGAAAAAAAAGAGGUUUGUGGGGCACUAAGCAAGAAAGUGUGAAAUGUAUUCUCGGUUUUUCAAAUAGCCUUUUUUUUAAAACUAAAAUGUUCUUUUACAAAGUCAUCAUGCUAAUUUUAAUCUGUGUUUUAAAACAAAAAUGUAAUUGAUGAUACGUAUGUGUUUUUGUAUACAAAUAUAAAUGAAAAUAAAAUUAAUGCCAGAAGAAACUAAUUGAAAAUAUUAAAA